AUGUCUUCGCGCUCCCCCGCCCUUCUCGACAGACUUUACCCUUCGACCCUGACAAGCAACGACAGACCUCAAGCGCUGAAACAGAACCGUACGUGGACGCGUGAUAUCUCCAGCUGGCAACAGGCCGCGGCACCUCGGAGUCUGGCGAUCCAAGAUAGAGAUCGCCAGAGACACAGCCGACAUGCUGGACUCCUUGCUAAAAUUACACAUGCUCAAUCGAGGAGCCCAACUGAUCAGGCCGGAGCAGGCGCCGCUCCAGUGAGCCACACUGCAUCCGUGACCACCACCAAGGCAAACACCACCGCCAUGAUCCGGCCCCAUGGUCAUUUAGCAGAAAGCGAGGUGAAAGAGAAUCUCGACCGAGAUCUAGACAACGACCCGAUCCCAGAGGAGUUUUGUGGUCACCUUGGGGCCCAUGUCGCUGGUACCAAGCCUUCUUCUGGUCGUCAUCGGAGAGAGCCAGAUGGUGAUGAUCACGAUGUGGAUGCAGGUUCCCCUGACAGCGAUAGCGGUGGCGUCCGAGUGAACAUUGGCGAUACCGACAAGGUCUGA